CAGCAUGUAAUCAAAUCUCUGUGAGUCAUUGUUUGAAUUGGGAUUUAUUGCAGUUUUCUGAGAAUUGAAUUGGGUUUGCGUUUGGGGGUUAGCUGAAUAAAAGGGCCACUUAGCCCAAAUUUGUUUAUUUUAAUUUAUUUACUAAUAGAAGAAAGAUAUAAAAAAUUCGAAGCAUCGUAGUCUGAGAUGAUGCUCCGUCAUCAAAAUCAGUCUUAUUUAUAUCAGUUACAGUUAGGCUUAGGCAUUUUCGGAAGGCGUAGCGUUGCGUCGACAACAACCGCACUCGCACUCUUCUCCUUCUCCUCCUUGCUGUCUCUUCCUCCUAAUAUCAUGUCCAUGUCCAUGUCGCCGCCCUUGAUGAAAUCGGCUCCGGUUCCGGUGGCAAAGAAGGUCGAUCAUGUCAUGGAGAAGUUCGGAGAUGUUAGAGUGGACCAUUAUUACUGGCUCCGUGAUGACUCUCGUUCCAAUGCUGAUGUCCUUUCUUACCUCCAACAAGAGAACGCCUAUGCCGACUCUAUUAUGUCUGGAUCCAAACCAUUUGAGCAACAGCUGUUUGCUGAAAUAAGAGGGCGAAUCAAGGAGGAUGAUAUAUCUGCACCCAGAAGAAAAGGGCCUUAUUACUAUUAUACUAGGACUUUGGAGGGUAAGGAGUACUCUCUGCACUGCAGGCGCUUUAUUCCCACUCAUCAUACCACCCCUCCUUCUGUCCACGAUGUCAUGCCUACCGGACCUAAUGCCCCCCCUGAGCACGUUCUGCUCGAUGAGAAUGUUAACGCUCAUGGACUUGAAUUUUAUAAAAUCGGUGCUUUCAAGGUCAGUCCUAAUCAUAAAUUGGUUGCAUAUGCACAAGACACCAAGGGAGAUGAGAUUUAUACAGUCCAUGUCAUUGAUGCUGACACUAAAUCCCCUGUCGCUCAGCCCCUCACUGCUGUAACAUCCUCUCUUGCGUGGGCUGGCAAUGAUUUUUUGGUUUACACUACAAUGGAUGACAUACAUCGGGCUGAUAAGGUGUGGUUACACAAGUUGGGAACUGAUCAAUCAAGUGACUCUUGCCUUUACCAUGAGAAGGAUGAGAAAUUUUCUCUUAGUAUUCAACCUUCAGAGAGUGAGCAGUAUUUGUUUGUUGUAUCUGACAGCAAACUUACAAGUUUUGUCCUCUACAUGGAUGUUUCCAAGCCACAAGAUGGUGCUAAGGUUUUGAUGCCUCGCGUUGAUGGCACUGAUACAUCAGUCAGCCAUCGUGGAAACCAUUUCUUUAUUCGUAGACGAACUGAUGAUCUUUUUAAUUCAGAGCUAGUAGCCUGUCCAGUGGAUAAUAUUUCUGCCACUACAGUUCUUAUUCCUCAUAGGGAAAGUGUAAAAAUUUGGGAUGCACAAGUCUUUGCUGAUCAUCUAGUUGUAUAUGAGCGUGAAAAUGGUCUUCCAAAAAUAAUGGCAUAUCAUUUUCCACCUGUUGAUGAGCCGCUCUUGAGCCUUAAAGGUGGUCAUCCUGUUGAGUUCAUUGACCCCAUAUAUACUGUAGAUUCAGAAGAAUCAGAAUUUUCUUCUAGCAUUUUAAGGUUCUCAUACAGCUCUUUGAGGACGCCUCACUCUGUUUACGAGUAUGAUAUGAACACGGGCAUCUCUGUUUUGAAGAAGAUAGACACAGUAUUGGGUUUUGAUUCGUCUAAUUAUGUUACUGAAAGGAAAUGGGCUAGAGCUUCAGAUGGCACCCAGAUUCCUUUAUCAGUUGUUUAUAGGAAAAAUCGUGUGAAACUGGACGGCUCUGAUCCAUUAUUGCUUUAUGGCUAUGGUUCUUAUGAGAUGUCAAUAGAUCCAACAUUCAGGGCAUCAAGGCUGUCCUUAUUGGAUCGUGGUUUUAUCUUUGCAAUAGCUCACGUUCGUGGAGGUGGUGAGAUGGGGAGGCAGUGGUAUGAGAAUGGGAAGUUUUUGAAGAAAAAAAAUACUUUCACAGAUUUUAUUACUUGUGCAGAGUAUUUAAUAGAACAGAACUACUGUUCCAAGGAAAAAUUUUGCAUUGAAGGAAGGAGUGCAGGGGGUUUGCUUAUUGGUUCUGUUCUUAAUAUGAGGCCUGAUUUGUUUAAGGCUGCUGUUGCUGGAGUACCUUUUGUGGAUGUUCUGACUACUAUGCUUGAUCCGAGUAUUCCUCUUACGACUGAAGAGUGGGAGGAAUGGGGCGACCCUCGGGAGGAGGAGUUCUACUUCUACAUGAAGUCAUACUCCCCUGUUGAUAAUGUUAAGCCUCAAAAUUAUCCCCACAUCCUUGUUACAGCUGGCUUACAUGAUUCUCGAGUCAUGUAUUCAGAACCUGCAAAGUUUGUAGCAAAGCUGAGGGAUGUGAAAACUGAUGAUAAUUUACUGUUGUUCAAAUGUGAACUUGGCGCUGGACAUUUUUCAAAGUCAGGAAGAUUUGAGAGGCUUCAAGAAGAUGCAUUUAGAUAUACAUUUUUGUUGAAGGUUCUAAAUAUGAUCCCUGACCUUGGUUCUGGCCAGAAGUUAUGAACUUGUGCCUUGUGGAAGACUGAGUAUAUUCCCCAUUGACAAACAAUAUUAGUUGCAUGCAAUGUGAUAGUUACAUUGGCAUUCUAAGUUAUUGGAGCUAAUACUAGAAAGAUUGGCAUUCUCGUUCGUUAUUGAAUUUUAAUAAGACUAAGUUAGCAA